AUGUUGCGCUUCGGAGGACUCAAGUAUAAGAAAUUGAAUAACGCCGGCUGUCUCGGCGAUGAGCAGCAGCAGGAAUGCGAAAGGAGCCUUACCUCCACCGAGGGAAAUGGAAAGCGGGAAAAAUCGGUACAUUCCACACCGACGAUAACGACGACGCCAUCGAAGCAGCAGCAACGACGACUGCACAAUCAGCUGAAUGGAACCGCAAUGAAAAAUGUCAAUGCAUCGUCAACCGAACAGAAACGACAGCGAAGCAAUUUCAUGCUCAUAGUGGGCGGUCUGUCGGGAAAAUCCCAUUCCGACACCGAUCCAUCCAAAUCGCCUUCCCAUCAUGGUGCCGUCCAGCCGUCAUCGCCUUCGUCAAACUUUAAGCUUCUCAGUGGAAAAUUUGCCAUCGACAGCAAGCGCAAGAUCAACUGCAAGACGAGAAUCUACAAAUGCAUCAAGCGAAUCCUGAAACGCAACUCUUUCCACACCGGCGCAUCAAAGGAUCAGUCAGCACAGCAGACGGUUAGAGGGCAGCGAAUGCCUGCCGCUCUUCGUGCACCGAAUGCCGCCGACUAUCGCGAGAUCAAGUCACUUCUGGAGAAGCAGCACCGUGAUCUCGAGUACGAUGUCAAUCUGGCGAAAUGCGUCGAAAAACCUGCCUUUAUCAAGAAGAUCGCCAUCAACAUGCUGCAAAGUGCCGUUUCAGACGAGAAAGAUGACGAUAGCACGUUGGUUCUACACCGCGAACAAACAGCCUGCGUCACCGGCACGAUCCAGAGUGAUCUCGAACGGGAGCGGGAGUAUCAGCGAUUGCUGGACGAAUGUUGGUACCACGAGAACCUGCCCCGUAGUCUUUCCCUGCAGCUGCUGAUGGACAAACUUCCCGGAAGCUUCCUGGUGCGUAAAAGCACAACCCAACCGGACUGUUAUGCACUAUCCUUGCGUGUGCCGCCAGGAUCGGGACCAACUAUUGCACACUACCUCAUCGUCCGGACGGCCACCGAUGGGUACAAGAUCAAAGGAUUCCAGAAGGAGUUCAGCUCGCUCCGUGCCCUGAUUGUGCAUCAUUCGGUAAUGCCGGAAGCGCUGCCCGUACCACUAGCCGUGCCUCGUCCCGUGAAUCUCGUCGUCAAGACAAAGUUCGAGGACGAUUACGAGACCGUGUUCGAUCUGACGAAAGCGGUACCGCAAGUCUAGCCCUGCAACAGGCUGAUGGAAGCUCAGGUGGAAGCAGCGAUUACCAAAACACUGUGCUAGGUUAAGUUCAGUCACUUUUCAAUGCUAUUUUGUUAUCCCUUUUUUCUCCCGACCAUGUAAGACUAUAAUUAUGAGAUGAAAAAUAAAUUAUUCUACAAACGUUACAA